CUUCAACUUCACUGGACCCUCAAUGUCCAUUGACAGUGCCUGCUCCUUCAUCCCUUGUUGCACUUCAUUUUGCUUGUCAAGCCAUAAGACAAGGUGAUUGUGAGAUGGCCCUUUGUGGUGGUGUCAGCUGUAUCAUACAACCACGAGUCUUUGUCGCUCUCAGCAAAGCAAAGAUGAUUUCCCCUGAAGGCACAAGCAAACCUUUCUCCAGCAGAGCGGAUGGCUAUGGCAGAGGAGAGGGCUGCGGGGUUAUUCUGCUGAAGACACUGAAACAAGCUCUCGAAGAAAAUGACCAUGUAUGGGGCAUCAUGAGAAAAACUGCUGUAAACCAAGAUGGCCGCACAGUCACUCCAAUCACCAAGCCAUCCGUGGUCCAGCAAGAGGAGCUGCUCCGCAGAAUCUAUUCACAGUCUGACCUGUCCACUGUCCAGUACAUAGAGGCUCAUGGGACUGGAACUCCAGUGGGGGAUCCCAUAGAAGCAGGCAGCAUCUCCAAAGUCAUUGCCAAAGCCAGACCUCCAGGUUCAGAAACACUCUGCAUCGGCUCUGUGAAAGGCAACAUUGGACACACAGAAUCUGCAGCUGGAGUGGCAGGUCUAAUCAAGGUACUACUAAUGAUGAAGCAUGAAACCAUUGUCCCUUCACUGUUCUACUCUGAGGACAGUGCCAGUAUAGACGCUAAAGCCUUAAAUGUAAAGGUUCCCACUAAAGCAGAAAAGUGGGGAGAUUCUGUUGAAAGGGUUGCAGGGAUAAAUAACUUUGGUUUUGGAGGAACAAAUGCACAUGUUAUUGUCAAGCAACACAAGCAGUCACAGGUUUCUAGAAAGAGUGGUAGAAAAUCACACAAGUAUUUUGUCCUCUGCGAUUUCUGAAAAGUCUAUCAGUAUGAUGAUGGAGGACACAAUUCAACAGAUAGACAAAGACAAAAAAGUUGAUUUAGAAGCUCUUGCAUACACAUCUGCUUGCAGGAGAAGUCACUUAAAACACAAAUACAAGAAGGCUUUCAGAACUUCCUCUCUGGUUGAACUAAAAGAUCAACUCAAGUCUGCCCUGAGUAAAACUCCCUACCCCUCAUACUCAGAUCCAAGGUUAGUAUUUGUCUUUUGUGGUAAUGGUGUGACCUACCAAGGUAUGUGCAA